GGCCGGUCCGAGGGCGGAACGCGCGGCCCGAGGUGAGGGACCGCGGGCGGUGAGCGGACGGCCGCAGGGGCCGGCGCGCGGGCCGGCGAGGAACGUGCGCCCGGCGAGGAGUCGUGCACUGAGCCACCGCCGCCGCCGCCAGACCCCAGCCUGCGCGGGGCUCCGUGCCGGGAGGCGGCGGCCAGGCCGAGUCCCAGCCCAGCCGGGCAGGGGGAGCCCUCGACGGCGACCAGCCCGGCGAGGGGGCCAGAGAAGGAGGACAAGGAGGAAGGGCGGCCUCACCGGGGACCCGGCAAUGGCGCUCGACUUUCUGGCUGGAUGCGCUGGGGGUGUGGCAGGCGUGCUGGUGGGACACCCGUUUGACACAGUCAAGGUGAGUCUCUCGUCGUGGUUUUAUUCUCAGGCCCUUGUAGAGGUGCAGGCAUUGGAGGGAGGCCUGCAAUUGGGGGAGCUGGACACCCCUUUCCGGUGACCACCUCAGGAACCCCUCCAAGGUCCUCCCACAGGUUCUAGAAUGAAGGUAGAAUCAGGGUUCUCCCUGAUGCCCCGGUGAGCCACGGCUUGUGCACCCGGCCGAGUCGGCCUUUCCCCCCCGGGUUUGUCCCUACGUCUCCCAGCUGGGGCUGAACCUAAAAGUCCAUCCCGGGGCUUGGCCAGCUGGGACUGAGGGGCCAAAGGGCAGGUUUCCUCCCACCCAGAGCAGGGGACACCCACCCUGUCCUUACGCAGAAUUCCCCCAGACCACUUCCUGAAAGAAAGAAAAGUUCAGAGAGAAAAUAUAGAAAUACAGAACAGUCAGACCUCGUCAGCCUUUCCCGUGACUGUGAUCUUCACAGAGCGGUGGUUAUCAGGGCUGAGAAACUGCGGGCACUGGUGGCUUCAGAGCGUGGCCCCAGGGCCCCAGGCGCCCUGUUCCUCCAUCGCGAGCCCACAACUCAGCUCGCCGUUGGGUCCCAGGUUCUCCGGCGCCUCAACAGAAACCAAGGAAGUCCCAGCUGGAAAUUCCCAAAUAAGCUAGGGGCUGUCUCCAUCCAUAGCAAAUGUAACUUUGUUGUAGAUGAGCGUAAGCCUCACCCCGGAGAGCGCUAGUAAGUACAGACCAGGUGAACCCACGCUUCUCUUCUCUGUCCUCCCGGAACCAGACCCUGGACCUGGACCCUGCCCCUCCCCCUCCCCUAGACAUCCCACCCGAACUAGGGACAGGGAGGGUGCGAGGUGAGCGUGGGCCCAGCACAGGUCCUGGGGUGGGGGCCCUGGGGGCUGGUCGAGGAAAAUCAGCCCCCUCUGGGUCAAGGGGUCUUCAUGUGGGGUCUCCCAGCCCUGUGGGGAGCUGGGAGCCCCCCGGGGCUUAUGUGUGAAUGGCAACUUUUCCAGGGGUAGGUCCGUCAAUCCCCAAACGAGAUCCUAUCAUCCCCAAAUGCUGAAAACCUCAACUCUAGAUUCUACAAGACUUGGGCUGCUGGGCCACAUUUUACCCCCAAACCUGGUCCCCCAGACUCCCAGAUAGCAGGCGCUCAUCCCAGCCCUGGGGGUCAGAUAUGAAGGCAACCGGGCCCCUGCAACCUCUUGUGGGACCUGAGCUGGCCUGAGCCUGGGCGUGAAGCCACGUCCAGCCUGCCAAGACCUAAACACGCUGCCUGGGUGUCUGGAAGUCCAACCCACAGAGGGGACAGCUCCGCUUCACAUCAUGUCUGCUGACACAGCCCUCUUGGUGCCAGUGUCAGGGGCCACAGGAGGAAGAGACAGUCCCCCAGAACGUUGAAGGGAACAUGAAAAGCCUCCCAUCUCAGAAACAACCUGAGACGGAGCUCCUGAUGUUAAUACGUUCUCAGAAUUCAUUGAGUGGCUGUGCUUUUCUCCUGAGCUGGCAGCCAGGGCGGGGAGGGGUGCUGGCGUAAACGUCCUCGGUGGCCAGCUGCCUCUCAGCAGUGGCCACCAGCUGUUGAGGUCGUCGUGUGCGGAGAUGGUACUCUCUUUUUUCCUCCAAGACAUUUUCUGUAUGUGCUUUCGCCAGCACCCCCACCCCACCCUGGCCCCGCCCAACACAGCCACUCAUAUCCCUGGAGAGGACAGCCUUGACUGAGCUGCAGAGCACCUCUGAGCUGCCGUCUUCCCAUCUUUGAAAUGGCCUCGGCCAGUGAUUAUGAUGAAGCCCCUUCCUGCUGCCCAGCACAGAGGGGCGCUGACGCCAAGGCUCGGGCUGGCAUGGGGAUAAUCUCUGAGUCGGAGCUGGAGACCUGCUCCUGAGAAUGAGCCCCAACCUAGCUCACCCCCACCCCCAUGACACAGAUUCUGAGUUCAGGAAAUGUGCUCCCGCUCCACACUGUGAGGCCUGCAUAUCAAGGACAGAGAUAAGCUCUUGGUCAACAAAGAACGCUUUCACAGUGAGGUUCUGGCCCGCAGGGCUCCAAGCGCAGGGGAUCCUGAUCCCCCCAGACCCCAGAGUUGCCGACGUGGUCCCCAAGGAGGCUGUCAGCUGCUCUCCUGUCACCGCUUUACUAACUCAUGACCACUGCCCCUCAGCAGGGGCCACUGGCAGAAACCACGUGGAAGGCCGGCGAGGCCCAAGGCGCCUCGCUUUUAGCGCCUGUUGCGCGCUGCCAGCUCCUGAUGAGGGCGGUGGGUAGUGGGGUGUCAGAUCCGGAGCCCCUCUGGCAUCAGCCAUGAUUUGCUGCCGGGACAGAGGGGAGGGCUCGGGAGAUGCCUCACGCCCCACUGUCAGUCCAUCGCGCAGAGUUAGUGAAGCGGGGGUCUUGGGGGCCCCUGCCCCUCUGCAGCUGGCUGUCUCUCUGACAGCGUGCCCGUUGUAACCCUCCCCAAAGAGGCACAGACACCCAGCCCCACCCCGCCCUGCAGUUCCAAAGCCACGGAACGCUCCUUGGCUCCCUGCCUCAUGGGUCCGGCCUCGGGCCUCCCGGAGAGAGCCUCCCCGGGCCAUCCUGAGUGCUGGCCCCGGGGAGCUGGGUGCGCUGGCCCCACUUGCCCACCUUUCACUGGGCCCUCCUUCCAGGUGCGGCUCCAAGUCCAGAACGUGGAAAAGCCGCAGUACCGAGGGACCUUGCACUGCUUCCAGGCCAUCAUCAAGCAGGAAAGCGUGCUGGGCCUGUACCGGGGCCUGGGCUCGCCGCUCCUGGGGCUCACCUUCAUCAACGCGCUGGUGUUCGGCGUGCAGGGCAACACCCUGCGGGCCCUGGGCCGGGACUCGCCGCUGAACCAGUUCCUGGCGGGCGCGGCUGCGGGCGCCAUCCAGUGCGUCAUCUGCUGCCCCAUGGAGUUGGCCAAGACGCGGCUGCAGCUGCAGGACGCGGGGCCGGCGCGCACCUACCGCGGGCCCCUGCACUGCCUGGCGCAGAUCUACCGGCAGGAGGGCCUGCGCGGCGUCAACCGGGGCAUGGUGUCCACGCUGCUGCGCGAGACCCCCAGCUUCGGCGUCUACUUCCUCACCUACGACGUGCUGACGCGCGCGCUGGGCUGCGAGCCGGGCGACCGCCUGCUGGUGCCCAAGCUGCUGCUGGCGGGCGGCACGUCCGGCAUCGCGUCCUGGCUCUCCACCUACCCCGUGGACGUGGUCAAGUCGCGGCUGCAGGCCGACGGGCUGCGCGGCGCCCCGCGCUACCAGGGCAUCCUCGACUGCGUGCUCCAGAGCUACCGCGCCGAGGGCUGGCGCGUCUUCACGCGCGGGCUGGCCUCCACGCUGCUGCGCGCCUUCCCCGUCAACGCCGCCACCUUUGCCACCGUCACUGUGGUGCUCAGCUACGUGCGCGGCGAGCAGGCCCGGCCCGAGGGCGAUGCGGUGCCCAACGCCCCGGCGGGGUCCGCCCUGGCCCAGCCCUCCAGCCUGUGAUGCCCGGGACCCCAGCGCCCAGAGGGCCCGACCUCCUCCCGGGCUGCACAGACAUACAUUGGCCCCCUGCUGAUCACCCUGCCCCAGACGCCCAGACCCCGUGGGCUGUGGACUCCAUUGGACCUGAGUGGAAUUCCACUCCUCAGCUGGGUGACCCUGGUCACAAACUUGACAUCCUCGGUUUUCUCCACUGUGAAAUGGGAAUCCUCAUACCUGCCUUGUACAGUCAGGAAGCUCAGCGAUGAUGCCCCUGCAGCGCCCAGCCUGGCACUGUUACUUGGAAUCUUCCAGAAACCCAGCCACACUCCAGCCCUUCCCUGGGAUCCCAGCCACACCAUGGGGUCUCUGAUGACCCACCGAUGGGCCUGCCAGUGACUCACUAACUGCAAAUCCUCCUCCACCUGGCAGAGCUCUAGUGACACUUCUUGGCCACCUGUCCAGGCUCCUGGUGUCAUAGAACUGAAGCCUCUGCCAGUGCACCCCAGCUUCUCCACGUGGCCACGCUGGGAAUACCCCUACUGCUGCUCCCACUGGAGGGUAACCUGGGGGACCACUGAGAAGCCAUGGGACAUUCUGGAAGCUUCGUAUUAGCCUCGGGGCUGGGGUCGGGGAGUGGGCACGGCCAGUGGACGGAAAUCUCAACAGUUAAACACAGCCAUGGCAAGGCAGAGUCUUUUCACCCUCUGGGUCUGAGGCUGCCCAUCUGUAAAACGGGGACAUGGGUCAGUUGAUGUCUGGGGCUCUGGCCCACUGUCAACGGCCAGUGUUCCCCAAGGUGUGCAGAGGGGUCAGCAGGGAAAACUGGAAUCCCCACUCCCCAGGAAAUGGUGUCUUUCCCAGGCAAUCGCAGUGCUUGGUGUUCCCAUGAGUCCGUGCAGGGCCUGUACGUGGGCACAGGUACAGCCAGUUUGGGCCCUGCCAGGCCGAAGGGCAUCUGAGCUCACGCUCCAGGGGCUGUCACUAGAAGCAGGGCUGUGGCGUGUGCUUGGGGCGGCCCAGGCACAUCUGGUACAUCGUGGUCGUAAGAAUGGGCAGGGAGCCGGAUGCUUUUGCGCUAGUUGGAGGUGACUGUGGCCUCCUUUGCCCCGAGAGGCACAAGUGAUAAGCCCUCCCAGGAGGUAGGCUGUGCUCAAGGAAGACAGGACUCCCGCCUUGUACAUGUGGCAUCACUAGUGUACAGAAACUGCCAAGGGAAUAAAGUGUUCUUUGUU